CCCGAUGAACAAAAUCUCCGAUCAAUUUCUCCCAUUUCUAUUGCAACGGUGUUCUCUAGUUACUCAAUUUUGAAUUGCAGGCUAACAUCCUGUCAGUCCUCCUUAAGAUACCUGAAACCCCCGAAAACGACCGCGCAGACGACUGACACGGCGAAAUGAAGUCUGGCUCUGCCUCGAAAGUAGUCGUCUUAUACUGGCAUCGGACCGACCUUCGACUCCAUGACUCGCCAGCUCUACACGCUGCAUUAGCCUUGAAGCCAUCAGUGUUUAUCCCCGUCUGGACUUGGGAUCCUCACUACGUGUACAGAGCACGAGUCGGGCCGAAUAGAUGGAGGUUCCUCCUAGAAUGUCAAACCGACCUAUCUAAGUCAUACACCAAGCUCAACCCGAAGCAAAAGCUCUGGCUUGUCCGUGAAGCUCCACAGACAGUCCUUCCCAAGCUCUGGAAAAAAUGGGGAAUCACCCACCUCGUCUUCGAGAAGGAUACCGACCCUUAUGCUCGGGAGCGCGAUGAAGCCAUUGUCCGAUUAGCGGAAGAUGCUGGCGUUGAGGUUAUUGUGAGAAUGGGUCGCAAUCUGUUUGAUCCUGAUGAUUUGGUCCGGAAGAAUGGAGGGAAAGCGACUAUGAGCAUGACUCAUACUGAAAAGGCUGCUGAGAAGAUCAAUGGCGGACAGCCGGAUCGACCCGUGGAGACGCCGAAGAGUGUUCCAGAUCCUUGGGAGAAAGACAGGAUGGAUCUCAGUGAUCUUGAGCACGAGAUCGCAAAUCCAACACCCGACUUGAACGCAGAUCAUCGCGGGACAAAGGACAAACAGUAUACUCAAAUCAUGGGUCCGAAUAACGACUUUGGCGUGCCGACAAUGGAGGAGAUCGGCAUCGAUCCCUCUCUGGCCACGACCCCUCAUCGAGGUGGAGAAUCCGUAGCGUUGAAGAUGCUGGCCGACUUGAUCGCAGACGAAGAGUACAUUGGUACAUUUGAGAAACCCAAGUCCUCUCCGGCUGCAUUCGAACCUCAAUCUACUACUCUCCUCUCUCCACACCUACACUUUGGCUCCCUUUCCAUCCGAAAGUACUGGUGGGAUGUGCAAGAUGUGAUGACCAAGCGCAGAAAAGCAAAGAAGCCGAACGCUUCAGUCCCAGUUAAUUUGCCCGGUCAACUGCUCUUCCGUGAUAUGUACUUUGCGGCGCAAGCAGCGAUCGGGGCACCAUUCGCGCGAAUACACGGUAAUAAAGUCGCCCGAUUUAUCGACUGGCACUUGCAAUCAAAGCCGCUUGGGACCGCGGAGAAACACGAGGAUGCCAUGGAGGAGGACGGGGCUCUACCCGCUCGCGACUAUGAAGUUGACUCCCCGGAAGCCGAGGAGUGGUUUCAGCGGUGGAAAGCAGGUCGUACAGGUUUCCCUUGGAUUGACGCGUUGAUGCGUCAGCUCAGAUCAGAGGGCUGGAUCCACCAUCUGGGUCGCCAUAGCGUCGCCUGUUUCUUGACUCGCGGCGGGUGCUAUGUCAGUUGGGAACGAGGUGCAGAAGUGUUCGAGGAACUAUUAAUUGACCACGAAGCAGCCUCGAACGCGGGGAACUGGAUGUGGCUCUCUUGCACGGCCUUUUUCGCACAAUUCUACCGUUGCUACUCACCCAUCGCAUUCGGGAAGAAGUGGGACCCCAAUGGCGACUUUGUUCGACGCUACGUACCCGAACUGGCCAAGUUCGACAAGAAGUUCAUCUACGAGCCUUGGAAGGCGCCGAUCGCCGAUCAGAAAAAGUGGGGGUGUCGGGUUACGAAUGACGACAGUGCCGCGGGCGGCCAGUCGUAUCCGAAGCCGAUGUUUGAUUUUGACAAGAGGAGGCAGAUUUGUUUGGAUAAUAUGAAGCACGCUUAUGAUGUGGGAUUACAUGGGAAUGACGAAAAGGUCUUGGACGGCUCGUGGGGGAAGUUGUUUGGUGAGAAUGGGGGAGGGGAGGAGCCGAAAAAGAAGAAGCAGAAGACCGAACCGGAAGAUGAAGAGUGA